AUGCUUCAGUUCCGUACAUUCCGUCCUUCGCUGGCUCGAACAAGGAAGCCGAUAAAAAUGCAUCCCACGUACCGGUUGAGAGCUCUCUGCUUUGCGGUGAUCUUGUGCUGCUUCUGGACGCAACCCGCGACAGCCUCACUGCAAACCAAUACCAAUCCGGCGGUAAAGGAGUUUGGUGUGGCCGAUGCUGCACUGGUACUCUGCUUCGAUAAGACGGUCUAUGCGUACAGCCGUAGCCCAAACUCACUGGCAUUUGUUACGGACAAAAACAUUAACUACGUCAAGGUGGAAACACUUAAGCCGGGCUAUUAUGGCGGUGUGAAUGCUGAAAUUACGGGAGGUGCCAUCAAAAAACCCAACAUCGUCAUCACGCUCACUGAGGGAGGUCGAAAAUCGCUCUUUAAGAGUAAUGUAAGGGUGCAAAUGUUUUGUGUAGCUUAA